AUGACCAAGCGAAGCUUCGAUGACCUCGCGGUGGUGGCUACGGGUGCACAAGAUCUCGCAAGUCGCUUCGGGAAGCGGCGCCGGCACGACUACGAUGACUUGCCACCAAUAUCUCCUUGGCGUUGUAAUCUGACGGCGCUAUCCCAGGAGUGCAAUCUCUACUUCGUGGCCUAUGGCACAGAGUUAUACGUGUACGACCCGCAGUUUCCCACGCAGGCUGUCUCGCCGAAGCCUGUGUUGAUUGUGCCCUCUCAGCCCUCUGAACCUGGGCUUGCAGGACAUCUUGACCCGCGCGAGCCGCAUACGAUCAACAAUCUGAUCGUUCAGCGCUUGGGCAAUGAUGAAGUGCUUGCUACUGUGAGAGACGACGGCGAUGUCGAUGCUAUCCUGCUUCGCCACGUGCUCCAAGCAAUAGUUCGUCGAGCGGAACCCGGUAAUGUCUUUGAGCUGGUCGCUAGUGAGAUCAGACCUAUCUUUCAGAGCAAUGUUGGCAUCAGUGCUUGGGGCCUGGCAAUCCAUUCCCAAGCUCGUAUACUGGCGUGUAGCUCCAAUGCGCAUGAGGUCAGAGUGUUCAAGUUCGGACUGCUGCAAGAGGACGAGGAGAUGCCUCCGACAAGCGAUAGUGAUAGGAUGGCAGCAAGUACUGCGGAUGAGCAUGUGCCCGCCCACUCGCAUCGGAAGAUGGACGUUACUCAACGGGUGCUGAACGGCGAUACCAAUAUCCCUUACAUUGCUUUCUGUAAUACUGGCGACGACCCAGAAGCUCGGUGGUUACUGACUACUGACAUCUCGGGCUACUGUCGUGUCAUGGAUCUGCAUCGACGAUCAAAUACUAGUGCUACGGUGCAAAAGUUCCGCUUCGGUACAUGGUCUAUGAGCUCGAGCGCAGGCUUCGAUCGUCUGAACGCUGGUUGGGCUAUCAUGUUUCUCGAUCCUCGAUCGUUUCAAUCAGUUCGAACGUUCGAAGCGGCUGUUAGGCUGGCACAAGGUGGUGAGCUACCUGGGGCGAAGGCCAACAAUCGGUCCUGGGAUCUUAGCGACACUGUUGAGCAUGUGCCCAAUAACUCACCAGCUUUCACGUACAAUGAUCCCAAAGUCCGACGGCAAGCGCAGGCUCAUCGCUCGAGCAUAAGCCAGAGUGCAAGUCCAAGCAAUGCUGGGUCACGAUCUGGGAAUAUGAGCGGCACAUCCAGUCCAGGAGCACAGGGAAACAUCAUCGAUGCCCUGGUCGAUCAGCUUGUAGCACAGACUGCGCAAGAGCUCGAAGACAACGACAUGCUCGAAGACUCUCACGAGCAAUCUGAUAACGAAGCCGAGUACGACGAGUAUUCCGACGAAAACAUCGCGCUCGUGGAUGACGAUGAAGACCCAGACGACGAAGGGACAGAAGACAGCGUAUCCUACAACUCAAUGUACGGCGGCCGCCGCAUCUUCGGCAACCAACCCUACUUCUACCACCAAGGCGGGCUGUGCGAGGACCUGCCCUGCCCAAUCCUCCAUGCCUCGGUGAAGAAUAUAUACCUCUUACAGCCUUCGAGACAGAACACAACGCCUGGAGCUUUUUCUCCGCCUAUGGUCGGGAUAGCGAAUCCGCUCCGUCAGGCAGUACAGAAUCGAUUCGGGUACCUCAAUAUACUCGACCGUCUCAAUAUGAACGCUUCCAUCCCAUCCCUUGGCGUCGUAGUCCUAGCCUCGCAGAAAGGUCGUGCUGUCGUCCUGGCUCUCACGAAACUUUCAGCUAAAGCAGCAUAUCCAGCGAGCAUGAAAGACGGUAUAGCCAAGGCCAAGACCAAUUACGCCAUGCGGAUCGAAUGUAUCCUGCCGUUUGCACACCAGGAGUUGCAGAAUCAGCGGCCCUUUCAGCCUUUGCAUGGCAUUGCUGUUGGGCCGGUGCAAGGGACUGAUAACAUGUCGGAUGAGAGGAAGCGGUGGCGGUUGAUGAUGAUGUAUCAGGAUCAUAGUAUCUUGAGUUAUGAGAUCUCGAGACGGCGGGCGAGGGACUCGGGAGUCGAGGUUGAUACUCUGGUUGUGUAG